CCACUAAUAUUGUAUUUGAACAGCUGUUGCCUGCGUGGGUCAUUGAUUUUUUUCGUUCAUAUAAAAGUACACGCGAAUGGGAGUUAAAAAACAUUAUAAUAUUUUAUAAAUUUGUGCACAUUUCUCACAGAAAACUCAAUGCAAACGCAGUUCAAAAACGUGUCAAAAUUCGAGUGAAACAUUUGAGAAAUUAAGCGGUACUUUUAAUGAUUGUGAGAGUAUUAAGCAAUUGACAACAAAACUAAUUGCGGGCUCAUUGUGUAUACGUAGCAAUUUAUUUAUAACACAAUAAAUGUAAAAUGCCUCCGAAUUCUACAUUAAUCACUCCGAUAUGUUUAUUGUAUGUGUGUGUGCUUCUGACCUGCUUUUGUCCAAGUGUGGUGCUGGGGAACCUCAAGGUCAUUUAUGCAGUGAAUGCUGGGGGUCAAGAACAUACUGACAAACAUGGCAUACAUUAUAGUGCCGAUCCUUUGCAUGGACGUAUUGGCACAGCUUCCGAUUACGGUAAUCACCUGCUAUUGAUAGGACGUGUGCCGGAACAAGAUGAAGUGCUUUAUCGCACUGAACGUUAUCACACAGCAACAUUCGGCUACACAUUGCCAAUAGACGGCGAUGGCGAGUAUGCGUUGAUAAUGAAAUUCUGUGAAGUCUACUUUAAUGAGCCAAAUAAAAAGGUUUUCGACGUAGUCUUGAACAACAAACAUACUGUAGUGAGGGAAUUGGACAUAUUUCAUCAAGUGGGUCGUGGUACUGCUCACGAAGAGUAUGUUUAUUUCAUAGUCUCCAAUGAUCGCCUUUACUACAAAGAUGAACAGUCAGACAUCCGGAAUGGCGUAGUGCGCCUUGAUUUCAUUAAAGGUCAUUAUGAUAAUCCAAAAAUUAAUGCAUUUGCGUUACUCAAAGGUGACGUGGCAAAUAUCCCACGAUUGCCUCCCACAUCGGAUGAUAUUCUCCCAAUAGAUGCCGAUAUGGCAGUUUUUAAUGAUCGCGUUUCUGCGGAGGGUGGUAGCAGUGAAUUGUCAUCAGACCAAAUAACGGACAACCAACAGCGUAGCAGGAAUGCGGCUUCCUCAAUAGAUGAUGAUAUAUUCGAUGAAGAUGAAGAUAACGAAGAGGAACCAUCCACAAAAAGGCGUAAGGUUAGUGGUCCACGGCAACCGGACCCAUACUCUAUGGAUGAUUCUUCAGUUAUGUUGCCAGUGUUCAUAGCGAUUGGUGCAUUUAUACCGUUGCUAUUUUGUCUCUGCAAGUUGUGAUGUGUUGUUGAAGACUAUCAAUUACGUUGUAGACGUAAAUUAUUAAAGACGAAAUGGUUCGAAGUGGAGCGUAUUUGUGAUCUACGCGACUUCAGUCGACUGUCGCAUAUACUGAAGUCUCUCAUUUGUUGAAACACCGAAUAUUUUUUCUAAGAACAAUAGCUACAUAUAAGUUCUACAAAUGUUUAAAUGUUGCAUCCUGAUCUCCUUGGCGUAGUUUUUUUGACAAUAUUUUCUUUUUUUGACACAUUUGCUUUAAUAUCCUGUAAUGCUUUUAUUAUUUUGAAUUUAAGGUAUAAAUAUAAAUUUAACGUAUAAAAAAGUUUUUGGUUGUGAAGUAUAGAAAUACGUACUUAUUUUUUUAUGCGUUAUCAAUAAAAAGGUCCACUGCUCAAUGAAUGUUCAAUAAAACGCACAUUGUGUUUUAACAUUUCCUAGUUUAUUUUUCCUAAAAAAUAUUAUUGUGAAAAUUUAAGACUAGAAAAUAAUUUCGAAUUAUAAUAAUAUAUUAUAAUUACAAACCUAUACUUUAAUGAAUGUGUUAGUUAAAGAAAUUUUAAA